UUUUAUUUCUAGCGUACACGGAUAAUAUGUGCGUGUUCACUUGGGGUGUGUUUAACGUGUGUGUUCAUUUGGCUGUGUUUACAGUGUGUGCAAUAUAAUUAAACAUGGAAUAAUUCCAGUAGUGGAUUAAUUAUUUUUUUUACUAUUCCCGGUGCUAAAUAUAGCUGGAGUUAAUUAACAUAAUGGAGACAGUCCAAGACAAACCAGAUGAAGUGUGGCCGCCCUUGAGCCAGCGGCAGAGAACUCUGUAUGAGCUGUUAUUCUACAGCCAGGGUCCAGUCGAUGGCUACAUCCUAGGGGAAGGAAUCCGAGACUUUUUUCUCAAAUCUGGAUUAUCUUUGACUGUCCUCAGCCAAAUCUGGAACCUGGCAGACGUGAGCAAUGACAACGUCCUGAACGUGCACGAGUUCGCCCUCGUCAUGCACCUCACGCGGGGCGCCAAGCAGGGUCUGACGCUGCCCAAAACCCUGCCCAGGUCAUUGACCCCACCCAAAACCCCGCCCGUCCCUCUACCAGCCAUGAGCCAGGCGGAAAAACUUGCCUACCAUCGUGUCUUUCAGUCCUUGGAUAGAGACAAGUCAGGUGUUAUAUCAGGGCAGACGGCGGCGGAUGUGUUGGCGUCAAGUCAGCUGACGGCAGAGUGUCUGGUUCACAUCUGGGACCUGUCGGAUCUCAACCGUGACGGGAAGCUGGGUCCAGACGAGUUCAGCAUCGCCUGCCACCUGACACGUGCUGUCAAAACAGGUCUGUCUCUGACCGGUCCAGCCGAUGUCUUUCAAUACGUCCCGGACAAUAUCUCACCUGCAUCCUUGCUGGCCAAGAAAAGAAGAUUAGCAGAUUAUGAGAAACACAAGCAGAAGUUAAUGUCCGGCAAGGAGAGGCGGAAGUUACAAUCAGAGAGGGAGGCCAAGAGGCUAAAAAUAGCAACACAGAAGGUUGAGGCUCUACAGGAGUUGCUAAGCCUACUGACGAAGUUUGGUAAAAACUUGGAGUCCGAGACUCACAUAGCUCCUGUCCUGAGUAAAGAAAGUUCUGACGUCACAAAACAGGAAGAAAUAGUUCUCAGGUUGAAGAAGGAGCACGAGAAGGUCAGACAGGAAACGGUCAAGGUCAUUCUAGGAGAACAGAAAUUAAACAGCGACAUAUCUGUUAUAAAGAGAGAAACUGAUAUCUUAAAUAAAAGGUUGAUGCUGACCCACACACCCGCUACCAAAGACCCCGACCCCUUUCAUCAGUUGUACGAGCAGAGGCGAGAGAAGCGACAAGGCUCAACCAUCAAAGACCUCGAUAAAAUCGAUACUUUUAUUCCAUUCGAGUUCUCGCCCUUUGACCUCGGGAUAACUCCUGACAACCUGCCACCGGGCGCUGCCAUCUUUGACAAGGGAAACAACCACAGAGUUGCAGACGAUCAGCUGGCUGCUGUUGUCGCCGAUCUGAAGGAGUUUGGCGAGGAGUUCAUGGAGACCUGGGCGCCUGGCGAACAUUGGAUGGACGGUGGCGACUUUGGCGAGGACGAGAUAUUCAAGGAAGUUCAUGACUGGAGUGAGGACAACUGGCCGGACUGGGACUGGUCAAGCUCUGGACUGUUUGGUUUAACUGACCAGCAGGUUGUUAACCUUAAGCUCAAACUUGCAGAUCUACGGGAGGAGCUUAAGAAACUCAACUCCGAGGGAGGGAGGCUUGUCUUUAGAAACCCAGACGACUACAACUCUCGCCAGCUGGCUCGACAAGAGGAGGCCAAGACUCGCGUCCAGAGAAGGUCUGUCACCGACCGCCUCAAGUCUAGCAGCGGUUCCAGACAGCGCUAUAGCUACUCCGGCCAGAGAAGUGCCAGCGUCGACACGACUUCCGGCUCGUACCGGCACAACAGACGCUCCCAGAAUUUGACAUCCGCCGCGUCAGUUCCAGAAUCUUCUAGCCAGACGUCGCCACCAGAGCUGGAAAGUGGAGCAGACGACUCAACGCCCCGCAACUCAGCGCCGCCAGAUAGAGCGCCAAAGGCCGACAACUCGGCCUUGACACUUCGGACCAGCCGGAAGAAGGACAACCUCUCUCUCGAGCUAGCCUCGAUAGCGCUGGGGCGCCCCAUCAAUGUAGAGCCCACGCCCGCGCCCGUGUCAGCUGAACGCGCCCAGCUUCUCCAGGGCAGUCGCACAGAGCUUUCAAGAUCCAAAUCCGUGGAUUCGCAACUAAUCCACAAGGUCAAGGACGUAUCCAUAGCAGAGCCUGUCGCACCACUUAGGUCAUCCAAGAAAGUUCGAGCACCGCCCCCUCCAUCCACCCCUUCACCUUCUGCUGCAUUAACUGAAAGCUUUGACUCUACAGUUGGCUAUUCUUUAGUUGGUUCUACCCCACCUAUAGCCAACCAAACCCCGCCUAUAACCAACCAAACUCCGCCUAUAAUCAACCAAGCCCCACCUUUAACCAACCAAGCCCCGCCUUUAACCAACCAAGCCCCGCCUAUAACCAAUCAAGCUCCACCUAUAACCAACCAAGCCCCGCCUAUAACCAACCAAGCCCCACCUACAAUAAUCCAAGCCCCGCCUCCAGCUAGCCUCUCACAGGAUGUUUUUAUCUCAGACGUCAGGUCGCUAACUGCAGCUCCCCCUACACCCCCCAGUACUGGCACCGUUAGUGACACCGACUCGCCGUGUCCUGCAGAUAACAGUCAGGUGAAGACCGCCCCUCUCCACGUAGACACGGAGAUAUCUGCAGGUGUUAUCUCACCUGAGUUAAAACCCCAGCGGCCCCCUAGACUGAAGAAAAGAAAGGAAUCUAUUGACACCUCACAGGAACUGACGUCACCCAGUUCACCUUUGACCUCAGUGAACCAACUAACAAACAGCACUCAGCCUUCUACAAACGACAAUGGAGUUGUUGAUAGAACACAAUCAAAGGAGACAUUUCCAAUCGAGCGUGUGACGUCACGUGUGACGUCAGGUGUGACGUCAGGUGUGACGUCAGGUGUGACGUCAGGUGAGGCUAGCCUGACCACCAGAGCAGACCCCAGCGUAGAUUUACUGCUGGAACUCAACUCUAGACCCCAACACAAUCUGGCCUCUGACACAGACCAGCAUCACGUGACCGAGUGGCUAGAACAAAGCGCCGUAACUCCCAAUAUAAAGACAUCCGGAAGUGACGAGUUUGACCUUAUUUUGAUGAGCCUAUCAGACAACAUGUCUAAAACUAACCGGAAGUCAAGUCCGCCAAAACCAAGCUUGAAUAUAGCAGACGAUUUACAGACAGCCAUGUUUGGCAGUGACGUGUCGGACUCGGAUGCUGAGCCCCCGCCCCUCCCUAGCUCACCCCCACCCCCAAUACCAGCAGGUGGCCCGCCCACGGGUGUACAGAGGGGGGCAGUGGGGGAGGAGAUCAUCGUGGAAUACUCGGUUCAAACCCAGUUCAGCCAAGCCGCCAGGAACCAUGUGUCAACUGUCAGUAACCAUGUGCCAACUGGCAGUAACCAUGUGUCAGCCAAAGCGCCAUCUACACUAGCCCUGUCCACGGAAGGAAAGGGAAACAACCCACCAAAAACCUGUGCUGACCUGAGAUCUGAUUUCUUCGGUCUUACCUCCCCUAGAACUGAGAAAAAUAUUCGCGACGAUUUUCUAGAGAAUUCAACGGGCACCAAUGGGCUGACCAAGCUUGACCUUAAUGAGUUCAAAGUUAACCUAACCGAUGUUAAUGUUGACCUUACAGAGGUCAAAGUUGACGUGAGGUCUGAACUGGAGGACAACUUGGACAGCUCUGAUGAUGGUGGGGCACAUAAGGGAGACAAUUCUUUAGGUGACAGUGGCAUCUUGACCUCCAGCCUGUGCAGUACGCUAGAGGAACCAGAGCUGACCGUCACGGUGACCAAGUCCACAGAGACGUCACCCAGCCACCCCCGCACACCCCUUCUGAUAGACAUUCCCACCCCCCACCAGACGCCCCACCCCGCCUCCCCCAGGAGCCAGGAGCUGGUGGAGAGGGCCAGACAGUUUGCUGACAUGGUCCAGCCCAGGAUCGUGGUCAAGAGGGAGGGGCAGGUGGACGAGACGCUGUCCCCCGAGCUGCUCCACAGUCUGGAGCUCCAGAGACGGGCGGUCAUCUCCCAGAGCACGGUCAAGCGGAGGGUCAGCACCGGCCUCUCGCCGUCUGCUGAGAUGGAGGGGAAGAUGUUCCAGGAAGACUCCGUGUCAAACAAGAGCUCCAACCCCAGCGAAUACGGAUAUAUUUAUAGCGCCGAGCGGCCCAAGCCUCCAGCAGAAGUCGGCUGGUCAGACAAGCAGACAGACAGCCAGAAGGUCAACCUCUACAGCGAGAACGUCGUCAAGGAAGGGGAGACGACCGAGGCCGUCGAUCGGGAAUCUAUUGCCAACCUGUCCACCACUAAAAAACAGUGGGAGACCAUAUUUACGUCCCAUGAUUCCACCAAGGGAGAGAGUACUUUGAAAAAGAAAUCAACGCCCAAGUGGGAAGUACGUCUGCCGUACAAGGAAAAGCCUUCAGCCCCGGCUGUGUCCAACCAAGAGACGUCCCCAGAUCAACAGCGCAGUGAACCUGUGGUCAUGGCAUCCAAACCUCAGGACACUGAGAGCGCCAUUGAUAGAGAGAUCAGACUUGCACACGAGCGAGAGGAAAUGUUACGGAAAGAAAAAGAACAGAGACAAAAGAUGGCGGAAAAACAGCCGAAAGGUCAGGGUCAGACAAUAAUAGCCUCGUAUGAAGCAGUGAGCGCAGAAAGUGAGGCGUAUCAGCCGGCAUACAAUGAGUUGACUGAGGCAGACAGAGGACCCGAAUUGUGGAGGGGAGGAACUAAUGGGAGGGAUGAGGACGAGGAGGAAGAAGAGACAGAAGAAGACGUCAACCCAAAUGAAAGCAUCAUUGAAAGGGAGAUAAGGCUCCAAAGGGAAAGAGAAGCAGAGAUAGCCAAGAUGAGACAACAACAGGGCAAACCAAAUCAUCAAGGGGAACAACACAACAAACCACACCACGAAGAGGUGAGUGACGUGAACCACAACCACAAGACACAUGAAGAAGAGAGUGGAGAGAGUUUGAUUGCCAGGGAGCUACGAGAACUCCGAGAACGAGAGGAAGAAAUGAAAAGAAUGAGGAGUAACUUCCAGGGUGUUCACAUCAACGAUGAACUGGACGGCAGAGGCCAGUCCAGCUUGGCAGAGCACAAACCUACCAGUUUGGCUGUCACAAGCCACAUUUCCUCCCAGCGCACUCCCUCUCCUGGCCACGGCACCUGGCAACGUGAUGUCUCGCCAUUUGUGUCACAAAAACGUCGAGGAUCCCAAGACUCAAACUCCAGUCAAAGCACUGGACGCACACCAUCAGACAGCACACCAUCCCGCAACAUCCGCGUGCAGCCCAUCCUUGAUGAUGGGGACAAGGAAGAAACAAAAGAUUACUUCAAGAAACAGGAGACUCCCAUAGAGCGGGAGAUGAGACUGGCUAGGGAGAGAGAGAACGAACUGCGGCGCAGCAAAGGACUUCCAGAACUGACUCCUGACAACGAUGACUUCUACAGCUCCUAUAGUCCUGGUCAAGAGCCCAGUGACAAUGGCUCUGUGUCCAGACCUCGCUCUACUGGUCAACCUGGCGACUCCAUGAAAAAAAUUGCUUCAUCUCGCCUGCAGCAGGAGCUGAUGCAGCAGAAAGAAAGGGAGUUGGCCUUGAGAAGUGAGGGCAAAAUUCUCUCCACAUCAGAAGAACACAUUGAGCCUUUAAGGUACACAGACAUAGCUGGGGUUGAGAGAGCUGAUGGGAAGGAGAAAAGAAACUUUGUCACCAAAAGAUCAUCAGUUAUUUAUACAGAACCUGAAUCAACCCUCCCACAGGAAGUGACAUCACCAAACUCUCAGCCAACCAAAAAAUUAGGAGCAGCUGCAGGUGGACAGUUAUUUUCCUACAAGGAGUUUAAGCAGACGGCAGAAUCCAAAAUUGAGAGGGAGCUGAGAGAGAUGAGAGAGAGGGAGGAAGAAUUGAGAAAACAAAGGAAAGAAAAUACUGGUGAUUCACCGAGAUAGAUCUGCUGUAAAACAGAUGUGUAUUUAAGGACUGAAAAAUGAAAGCUAGAAAUAAUCUGAAAGCUCUAGUGCCUUUCUGGUUGUCAUGGUGAUAAAUGUUGCUUAUUUAUUCAUGAGAAGACAAUGGGGAAUACCUUAGUUGCCACCAGGAUAAACAACUUCAGCACUAAACUUUGGUCCAGCAUGUGAGAGUGAUUGUUCUGGUGACUGUGUUUAUUUAUUCCCUCGCUAGUCUUUAACAUGUGUGGUGUCACCAUGUUGUGUGGUGUCACCAUGUUGUGUGGUGUCACCAUGUUGUGUGGUGUCAACAUGUUGUGUGAUGUCAACAUGUGUGGUGUCAACAUGUUGUGUGCUAGAGAAAACAUCCCAGGGUGUCAACAUGUUGUGUGCUAGAGAAAACAUCCCAGGGUGUCAACACAACUCACUGCAGUGGUUCCAUCAACAGUUUGUUCACAUUUAGCUUUAGUAGAUCUUGUAUUGUUAAGAUAUUGUUUAUGAUAAAUGAGCAUUUAUUUAAAGUUAGCAGCCUUUAUAAUUACAGAGAAAAAAUAAUUUUUAGAGGAUCAGUGUAACUGUAUCAUAUUUACUUAGGAUUUAGUUACAAAGUAGUUUGUUUGCUCUACAACAGUGUUGUGUUCUAGCAGUAUAAAUGUGUACUUUAUUUACUUGACAAUACAAGACAAUCUUACUGCAAUCAACUGAACUAUCACGGAUUUUUGUCCUAGAAUGAUAGUAAUAUUUACAGUUUGAACAAAUUUGUUCUUUUUUUUUAUGUCAUAAAUUUUAAAGAGUUAACAAAUUUUAUAUGAGUUGGUUCAGUUUAAAAUAAUUUUUGCAAAUAUAUUUUUUUGUUAAUUGUUGCAUUUAGUUUGAGGAUGUAAAAAAACUGGCCAGUUGUUUUGAAUUUGUUGUAACUCUGUAGCAAUGUGUCCCAGCCUCACAUAGCAUUUAUCUCAACCUCUCUAAGUUACAUGACGUAAUGGGAGCUGCAGUGAACUCCACUAUUCCCAUAAGGAGUGUGUAAUUAGUUGUUCCUUAUUUGAUUACCAACAUAAGUUUUUUACACUUGGUAACAUUGUGUGCCAGAUAUAUAUUUAUGACUAUAUAACAGAGAAGUGAUUUUGCUAUAUGAUUAAUUUUUAUAACAUAUUUGAGAUUUUUGAGGAACAAUAUAAUUACAGCAAAAAAAAAAAAUGCAUUAAAAAUGAUUUAUGUUGAAGUAUAUAUGUAUGAUGUAGUUUAUUUAUUUAAAUAUCUUUUAUACAUUAGCCAAAGUAAUCAGAUAAAAAAAUGUUGAGAUUGAAGUGAUUUGUGAAUAUUGUAAACCUGCUACAAUAUGAGGUCACCAGGCAAAUGGUUUAAAGCUUAUUACAUAAAGCACAACUGUAUUGUCUAAAGUUUAAGUUUAUAGAGGAUUUUAAUUAUCACUUUUUAUAAAUACUAAUGUGUAUCAGUUAUAUUAGGCUAGAAAAGUUUUGUAAUUUGAGCAAUCCAUUGUCAGCCUACAGCUGUACGUGUCAGCCUAUAUGUGCAUGUAGAGAAGACCAAUUAACUGAUAGGUUAUCAGUGGCUGUAGUCCAGACUGAGAUCUGUUAUCUGUUCUACAAACUGACUUUUUAAAGGCCCUGAAUGAGGCCAGUUGUGUCACUCAUGUUGUACCAGUCAUUAGGGAUCAUCCAUUUAUGACGUCCACACG